AUGUCAUCAUAUUUAGAAGAUAAAGGGGAUAGAUUAGUAUUACCUGAUUUAGUUAUCCCAAAUAGAUAUCUAUUAGAGUACAAAUCAAUCGAUUUAAAGCAGUUUACAUUUAGUGGAACUGUAUCGAUUGAAUUACAGGUCAAGAGAGCAACCAACAAGAUCAUCUUACAUGCAAUAGAGAUUGAUGUAAAGGAUGCAUUGAUCAAACAACAAUCGGUUACUCACGAGGAAAAGGCAAUUAAAGUAGAGUAUGACACCAAGGAUGAAGUGGCAAUCAUUACAUUUGCAAAGGAGUUGGUUGUUGGGUCUGUGGCUACGUUGGUGAUCAACUUUUCAGGUAUGCUUAAUGACAAGUUGAAAGGAUUCUAUCGGUCUCCAUACAUUGUAUCUGGAGAGACUAGAUACAUGGGUGUUACACAAUUCGAAGCAACUGAUGCGCGUCGUGCCUUUCCUUGUUUCGAUGAACCUGCUCUCAAAGCUGAAUUUGAUAUCCUUAUCACCAUUCCACAACAUCUAACUGCAAUUAGUAACCAACCAGAAUCAUCUACACUUGUCAAUGGUGAUGGUACACAUACAAUUUCUUUUGUUCGUACUCCAAAAAUGUCAACUUAUAUUGUUGCAUUUGCAAUUGGAGAAUUUGAAUUUGUUGAAGGUAAAACAAAGAGUGGAAUUGUUACACGUAUUUAUCAAUUAAUUGGUAAAGAGGAAAAGGGUGACUUUGCUUUAGAGGUUGCUGUCAAGGUAUUGGACUUUUUUGAAGACUACUUUCAAAUUCCAUAUCCACUACGUAAAAUCGACCAUCUUGCAGUGGGUGCGUUUGCAUUUGGUGCAAUGGAGAAUUUCUCAUUGAUUAUCUAUCGGGAAUCGGCAUUGUUGACAUCAAGUAAAACGUCGUUGAAAACAAAACAAAGAAUUGCUAAUGUGAUUGGUCAUGAAUUGGCACAUCAAUGGUUUGGCAACUUGGUGACAAUGGAUUGGUGGUCACAACUAUGGUUGAAUGAAGGGUUUGCCUCGUAUAUGGGUGUCAUGGUCACCGAUAGACUGUUCCCAGAAUGGAAUCAAUGGUUGGAUUGUGAGUUUAGAACCGAUGUAAUGGAUUUGGAUGGUUUGGAGAGUAGUCAUCCCAUCGAAGUAAAGGUUCACGAAUCAUCUCAAAUCACAGAGAUCUUUGACGCAAUCUCUUACAAAAAGGGUGCAUCGGUCAUUCAAAUGCUCGAUUUCCGGUACGGUGAUGCAUUCCGUCAAGGAUUGAAUCAUUACCUCACCAAGUUUGCAUGGCAAAAUGCAAACACCCAAGAUCUCUGGGACAGCAUCUCACUCAAGGCAAAUGAUAAUGUCAAAGACUUUAUUGACAAUUAUACAAAGAUUACAGGUUACCCUGUCAUUACUUUUAGUUUAAUCCCUUCAUCCCCUUCCUCCUCAAAGACCUCCACAACUUUAUCGUAUCUUGUUAGUCAAAGAAAGUUUAAUUACUUAAAAAAAGAUACUACUCAACAACAAGACACUUGGAAAUGUUUCAUUCCCAUUCAAAAAGCAUCUAGCAAAAAGGGAGAGUUUCAAUCAGUUUUGUUGGAUCCAAGUAAAAAGGAUAGUGUCAUUUUCAAAGUUGAAAAGGGUGAAUGGUUUAAACCAAACUACAAGGAAAGCGGAUACUAUCGUAUUCAAUACAACAAGGAGAUAAUAGCAGCACUUGUUCCAGCUAUCGAAUCAUUGGAGAUAUCGUCAGUCGAUCGUUUGGGUAUUUUGGUAGACACUUUUGCUCUCUCUAGAAGUUGUCAAACACCAAUCAAUGUAUUUAUGGAUCUCGUCGCAUCGUACAAGAAUGAAACCGAGUGUCUUGUUUGGACUCACAUCGUUGACAAAUUGACAUUGAUUCUCAAUAUUGUCUAUGACCAACCAUACAAAGACCUCCUCAAAACCUUUAUCGUACAACUAGUCGUACCUAUAUACAACCGACUAGGAUUCAAUAACAAGGAUGGGGAACCAUCCAACGACAGUCUUCUUCGUGCAAAGAUUAACUCUUGUCUUGGUCUGCUUGGCUAUGAGCCAGUGGUCGACGAAUGCAAGAAAAGAUUCGAUCUCUACUAUAAUGGUACCCAACCACUUUCCAAUGACCUUGCCAGCGUAGUGUUAACAACCGUCGUUCGUCAUGGUGAUGAAACUGUAUUGGACAAGGUCAUACAGUUACACAAGAAAGCAAGUGCUGUAGCUGAAAAGAAUUCUCUUUUACUCUGUAUGGGUGUGUCACAAAUCCCCCACUGUGUAGAAAAGGCUCUUACCUAUUCCCUCGAUCCAAAUCAUGUAAAGACACAAGACACUUAUAUGGUUUGGUUUGGUAUUGGUAAUGAUCAAAGAGACGUAGCUUUUAAAUACUUUGCAGACAACUUUGACAAGAUUGAUGCCAUUUUCAAACAAAAUAUGUUGUAUGCUCGUCUGAUCACCUCGUCACUCCCAAGAAGACUACCAGAACAGGAAUUGAUUGCCAAAGAAAAGUUCCUUCUCCAUGAUAAAUCCCUUCCACUUUGUUUACGUACCAUUAAACAAUCCAUUGAAUCAAUCACUAUUAAUAAUCAUUGGUUUAAUUACUUCUCAUCAGAUUUGUCAAAUUGGUUUAAAAAUCAAAACAAAUAA